CUGGCAUAUCCUUGUUGCCUAUUCCUGUUGCACAGUGCCUGUUGAGUCUUGAGUGUUUACAUACGCUAAUUUUGAGUUUUGACUGACAAUAAUAAUUCAACGUUUGAGAUUACAAGUUUUUAACAAUAAAUUGAGUCCCUGUUGAUCGUUGAUGAGACAUCAGAGAAAACUUCAUUCAUUGAACAACAUCAUUUUAGAACAUUUUUUUUAAAUGCAGUGCAUAGGCUACAAUUGAUUGCAAAGAUUUGUGAAACUAAGGAAACUACACUAUGUAUACAAGGAAAGAGGAAUCAAAAAAGGAAAAGGUGCUCAUUGGAAAUCUGCCAGGUACUUUAUUCAGCCUUCGGCCCCUGAAGAUAAUGGGUACGGUAACAGGAAAUUUAUAAAAUUAUCACUUCCAAAGUAUUCAAUUAUUAUUUUUUUUAAUUGACUGGCUCAUGUCUCCAAGCUUCUAAUUUUCAUUUGUUGAUUCGAUCAGGCCUAUACACAAUUCAUUGAGAAUAUAAUUGAUGUAAUUCUGACUUCGUCACUCCGAUUUAACAAAGAUGGCCUCCACAGAAUGGCUUGAACAGUCUAUUGGUAAAAUGGUCGACUUGAGUCAUGAGGUGAUCAUGAAUACUCUAGCUGAACCUGCUCAGCAACCAAUGAAUGAUGACGUCUAUCAUCUAACUUGUAUGAACAUCAUUGGGCGCUUUUCACACAUUUCAGAACGCUCCAAUUUGACUCCACUUGAGCUUGGCAUAAUAGCUGAUUAUUUGCUGUCCACUUAUGGUCCGCUUCCUAAUGAAUUAAUAUCGACGGACAUUUCACCUCCAACUUUGCAUGAAGAACAGUCACAACUUCCACAUGAAAAAUUGGAUUUGGAUAAUGAGUAUGUUUCAGACGAUAUGGAUUUCAAAAUGAGGCUGUUAGAUUCUACCAAUGAAUACAUAUUUGGUACUAUUAAAUUAACAGAAGUAAGAGAAAACAUCAUGAUUAAUAUAAGAGAGCUUGCUUUGACAUUUUUUGGACAAGCUCUCUCGGACAAGGACACACAGCUGACGCAUCUCUCUCUCAGUAAUAGCAAUGUUGCAAGCGGUAUGCUUAUUGCAUUUUUGAAAUAUUUGCCAGAGUCCCGAAUUGUUUCUCUUAAUUUACCAAAAAUAUUAGAGAGAAAGAUUUUUUACUAUGUAGAUGAUUCAAGUAAUGUCCGUGUUUAUGGUAGGCGUGAUGAUGAUGAAUUUCAUUAUUAUGAUCGUUAUUAUUAUAAUAAUGAUGAUGAUGGUGAUGAAGAUUAUGAUAGAGGUUGCUUCAAUAAGCUGUACAAAUUAUGCUGUGGUUCUAACAGGAGUAUAAGUUAUACAUCAUCGGAAGUUGAUCAUAGUGAUAAAUCUAAGGAUGAACCAGAAGUUCAAAGAAAUAAUUGCUUACAGUAUCUUGCCUCAAUAUUAAAAGACACUGAAAUUAAUUCCCUAGAUUUGAAUGGUAAUGCUAUCAACCUGGAAAUGCUCUCUUGUUUUCUGGAAGGUACAAAAAUAUCUUCUCUUGGUUUAAGAGGGUGUAGGGUCAAGAGUAAUGGUUUAAACAGUUUGGCAAGUGUUUUGAAAAGUACAAACAUCACUUCCAUAGAUCUAAGCGAAAAUUUAUUAGAUUGUAAGAGAUUGAAAAUAUUUGUGGAAGGUUUAGAGGGUACAAAAAUUACAUCUUUGAACCUUAGCUCAAAUAAAAUAGGUGUUGAUGGACUGACUUGUUUGGGAGCAGUUUUGAAAAACACAAAUAUCAUAACCAUUGAUCUCAGUAGAAAUGGGUUGAACUGUGAUUGCUUGAAGGCAUUUGCGCCACAUCUGGUGAAUACAAAUGUUACCUCUCUGAAUUUGAGGACCAACCAGAUAGGCAUUGAUGGUGUGAAAAGCCUAGCACAUGUUUUGAAGGACACACUGAUCGAAACAAUUGAUUUGGGAGAGAAUAUCCUGAGUUAUGAAAGUGUCAAUGUAUUGGCAAAUUGCUUGUUGGACAAAAAAAUCAAAUCACUUUGUUUGAGAGGGAAUGAUCUAGACAUUGAUCGGCUCAAUUGCUUGACAAGUGUUCUGAAACAAUCAAUCAUCACUUCACUGGAUGUUGGCAAAUGCAAUUUGCAGAGUGACAGUGUGAAGUUGUUGGCACCGGAGUUGGUGGGCUCACACAUUCAGUCACUCAAUUUGAGUCAUAAUUACAUAGGUGUUGAUGGCAUCAAUUCUCUGGCUGAUAUCUUGAAUGACACUGACAUCACCUCCCUAGACCUUAGCCAUAAUGGUGUGGAAAAUAUAAAUAUCUGUUUGAAGAUAUUUGCAUGUUUAAAUGCAAGAGAUUCUAAGAUUGAUUAUCUUAGAAUGGGGGAGAAUAAAAUAGAUUACGAAUAUUUAGCAAAUAUUUUGAAGGACUGUAACUUUACUUCAAUUGAUCUUGAUAGCACCACAAACAAUAUAGGCUUGGAGAAAUUUACAUCAAAUUUAGAUAUUUCAAACAUUAGUUCUCUGAAUUUGAGUGGAAAUCAUUGUGGCGAGACUCUUCAGAAACUAGCUUCUGUUCUCAAAUUCACUUCAAUCACCUCAUUGAAUCUCGCAAAAUAUUAUUUACCAUGCAAUAGCCUGACAGAUCUACUAUUGUGCCUGCCUGAUACGAAAAUCACAUCUCUCAAUCUCAGUGAGAACAAUAUUUGUGGUAAUAUAUUUUAUUUGGCAUCUGUUUUGAAAUAUACUAAAAUCACUUCUAUCGACCUAAGCGGUUGUGGAAUAGGCGAAGAUUAUGAUGAAAUCAAUAUGGUUCAGAUGUUGAUCGACUCCAGUGACACAUCACUUGAUUUGAGAUAUAAAUGUCUUUGUUAUUUCAGUAUAUGUUACUUAGCAAGUCAACUGCGACACACAAGAAUAAUGUACCUCAACCUAACUGGCAAUGAAAUAGUAUACAAUGGUAUGAAAUAUCUUUCUCAGGGACUUUUGGGCUCACAAAUUGUUGCACUUGAUCUCAGUGGAGACAAAAUAGAUUGUUCGGGUGUUUAUUAUCUAGCUGAAGUUCUCAGGAACACUCAAAUUUCUUUAUUGAAUCUAUCAAAUAAUAAAAUCGCCUGCAAGGGUAUCAGAUAUUUGGCAGAGGGCCUUGUGGGCAGUAGUAUCUCAUCACUGAACCUAUCAAACAAUAAAAUCGCCUGCGAAGGUCUCAAGUAUUUGACAGAGCGCUGUCAGUUGCAAUCGCUAGAUUUGAGUAAGAAUCUUAUUAAAGAUCAAGGUAUCCAAUACUUGGCUGAAAAUGUUGCGAAUAUUGACAUUUUCAAGAUAAAUUUGUGUAAAAAUAUUAUUGGAAAGCAAGUAGCAUAUCAGUUGUUAGAUGGUGUGAAAAGAAAAAGAAUGAAUCCAUUGAGCAAAGUUUUCCUUGAUGUUACCAGUGAUUUAACUAGUUAUAUCAGUUUGUACAAAUAUCCAGGCUGCCUUGUUGAAAUCAGUGAACCGUGUUCCAGAGAAGAUGUAAAUUGUCUUAUUGACAAUAUCCAUCGGACACUGGGUAGGCCUAUAAUAACCAAAUUGAUUGUGUACGGAGAACAUUUUGAACAUUUGUUGGGACAAUUUGACAACAUUGACAUCACAGAACUUGAAAUCGAACACUACUUUGAGGAACAUCAUAUAUCUCCCAUACUUGUCAAUAGUAAUAUUGCUGUGCUGAAUUUGGAUUGGGAUGAAGGUAAGAUAUUGUCGAAAGAAAAACUCAUUUUGAAGGUGAAAGCUAUUUCAUUGAAAAUUAAAACUGAAUCUUUCAGCGGGCUAACAAACUGCGGUUUCAAAUCUGCACUGAAUAAAAGUAAUAUUGUGUACCUAGAUUUGAGUAAUAACAAGCUAAAAGAUGAUGGUUUUGAGAUAUUGGUUGAAUUGUUGAAGGAUUCCAAAAUAAUAUCUUUGAAUUUGAGCAAUAAUUCUUUGACUGAAAGUUGUGUUGUACUAUUAGCCAAAGUUCUUGCUCAAACCAGAAUCACGUACAUAGAUUUGCAUGGGAAUGGAAUCUGCUAUUUAGGAAAUGCAUACUCAUACCUUGUCAAAGCUGCUUGCGAGUCUAGUGUUUGUUGGAUUUCUUUGGAUCAGAAUGAAAUUGAAGAGGGUUCACAAGAAAACAUAGAACUAUUACAUUUACCUUACAUUGUUCCACGAAAUGAUACACCAAUCGAAUUUCAAAUUCGCUUCUUGUUCAGAGAGUUGGUCUCAGUGGACUCAGCUGGUGACCAAUUCGAAUUCAUUGUUCCUCGCGAUGACUCAGACAUCACCAUCACCAUCAGCCACUACCCACUUCUGUUCAAAUAUCUUCCAGAAUACAAAAUGCACAUCUAUGACCACUUCUACAUGCAGAGUAUGAGAAGACAUGACAUUCACGUGCUGAAAAGAGUAAACAGUUUUGUCGAAAAUAUGAAAACUAAAUUUAAUAAGUUUAUUGAAGACAAAAUGUUGCAAUUGGCAGAGAAAUUUGGCCACGAUAGUUUUGUGAGACUUGUUAAGGAAUGUGAUCGUUUAGAUUUGUCUGAUUUUGUUAUUAUGCUACUGUGCCAUAGACCAUUGUAUUAUGUGGACAGCGAAGAGAAUUUCUUGCAUCCGUUCAUCUACAAAAUGUUGCAUAAAUAUGAGUUGCCAUUGUACAAUGCAAUCUAUGAACCGAAUAAGAAACAUCAAAUAAUAUCUUACUUUGAGGAGCAUUCAGAUUUUGAUUGCUCUCGUGAGAUUAUUGAUUUACUCAGUUUAUUGUAAAUUUGACAUGUAUUGUUUACUAAUUAAUAAUUAUAAUUAAACGAAAUUCCAAAUUAA